AUGGAGUUUCGGUUUUCGCUGUCCAUGUUUAAGCAACUUUCUGUGGAAAUGAAUCUUCAGCUAACCGUACCCAAAGGAGCCAUUUAUGGUCUUCUAGGUCCAAGUGGUUGUGGUAAGACCACCCUCCUCAAAUGCGUGGUAGGGAAGUUGAAAGUUGAUGGAGGCACAGUGAUGUGCUUGGGUGCCCCACCUGGUAGUCCAGGUCAUGAAGUCCCAGGAUGCAAAGUUGGUUAUAUGCCUCAGGAAAUUGCGCUUUACAAUGAAUUUACAAUAAGUGAGACAUUAAUGUAUUUUGGCAUCCUUCAUGGAAUGUCUUUUACAAAAGUCAGAGAGAGGAUGGCUUUUCUUCUUGAAUUUCUCAGUUUGCCAAAUAAGAAACAGUUAAUCAGCACUUUGAGUGGAGGUCAGAAAAGGAGAGUCUCAUUUGCUGCAGCUUUGCUUCAAGAACCUGAGCUUUUGAUUCUCGAUGAACCAACUGUUGGAGUUGAUCCACUUCUUCGAGAAAGGAUCUGGGAUCACAUGAUGCAUAUUGCUAAGACAAGUAGAAUUACUAUUAUUAUUACAACUCAUUACAUUGAAGAAGCCAGACAGGCUAACAUGGUUGGGCUUAUGAGAAACGGUCACCUUUUAGCAGAAGAAACACCAAGUCGACUAAUGUCUUCAUACCAAAUGACUAAUCUUGAAGCAGUUUUUCUAAAGUUGUGUCAGACUGAUCAAAACAUUAUAAAUAAUGAAAGAUCAGUGACUCCAGUGUACAGAUCUUCUACAAAACGUUAUCUAACUUAUGAUGAACCUCCCGGGGAAUUUACUGAUGAAGAAACUCCAUUGAUAACAUCAUUUUCAGUGCCAGAUCCUACUAUUUAUAAUCCAACCUGCAGGCAACGGGCAAGAAGUUAUAUACCUCGCUUUAGGAAUAUCUUUGCCAGUGCUUUUAAAAACAUUACCGUUAUGUGGCGACAGAUUGGUUUACUUAUCUUUGAAUUCAUCUUUCCAUCUGUGCAAAUUGUUCUUUUCUGUCUGUGUAUUGGCCGAGAUCCUUUUAAUCUGAAUGUUGCUGUGGUCAACAAUGAUAAUGGACAAUUGGGCAAUAUAUUCUUGCAAAAUGUUGAAAAUUACACAAUCCAUCAGAACUAUUUUCACAACUACUCAACUGGUCUUCAGUCAGUUAAAGAUGGUGACUGUUGGGGUCUGCUCUUUAUAGACAAAAACUUUACUGAAGAUCUCAUAAUAAGAUUCUUGGAUCCAAAGGCAUUGGAUAAUAAUACAUUGAUUGGUAGUACCAUCCAACUCAAUUUAGACAUGACCAAUGAACAAGUAGCCUUAAUCAUUCAAGAGAAAAUUAUCCAGGCAUUUCAAAACUUUGCAUAUUCAGAAUUAGAACAAAUUGGGAGGAAUCCUGCACUUGCUGAUAUUCCAAUCACGAUCAUGGAACCACCUGUCUAUGGAGAGAAGAAUCCAAGUUUUACUAAUUUCAUGGCCCCUGGAAUUGUUCUUAGUAUAACAUUUUUCAUGGCAACUGGUUUGACUACACUUGCCUUUGUACUUGAACGAAAGGAAGGGCUUCUUGAGCGAGGCUUUGUGGCAGGACUGACUGCCUUUGAAAUAAUGUUGGCUCAUGUCAUGACGCAAAUGGUGGUUUUAACUGUCCAAGUUACCCUGAUGCUGAUUUUUGCUAUUGUGGUUUUUAAGGUUCCAUAUCGAGGACCCCUUGUUUGGGUUGUUAUCUUGGUAUUAUUUCAAGGACUUUGUGGAAUGAAUUUAGGAAUUCUUUUUUCUGCUGUCUGUGAUCAAGAGACUUCAGCUAUUCAACUGGCUUUGGCUUCUGUCUAUCCAAAUUUAUUACUAAGUGGAAUCAUCUGGCCUUUGGAAGCAAUUCCUACAAGUCUUCAAUAUAUUAGCAAAAUUCUUCCAAUGACCUAUGCUACAGAAGCCAUGAGGUGCAUUAUGAGUAGAGGAUGGGAUUUAACCUACUUCCCUGUCUACCGUGGUUACAUAGUCACCCUUGGCUGGUGUUUUGGAAUUCUUAUACUUGCUGCUAUCUGUUUGCGAGUUCGAUUAUAA